CUUUUCUUCCCCACCCGUCUCCGUCUCCCCUUCCCCGCCAUCCACAUCCACGAGCCCUCCCCAAUUCGUCAAUUCCCCCACAUCUUCCAAGUAACCGCCAAUCUCCCGUCCCUCCAAGCAGCAAUGCCGACUCUCCGCAGCGCCACGGCGAGCGCGUCCCCCGCCGCCACCCCCUCCCCUGCCGCUGCGAGCACGCCUCGCAGCGUCAAGCGUCGGCUGACGCCAGGCCGCGCCGGCGAGUCGCCGAAAGCGUCGCGGCACACUUCCCCUCACCGAUCCCCGCACGCCGGCGCCGGAACGGCCUGCACGCCGAAGCUGCUGUCGGCGUCGCCCAAGUCCUCGAGGAAGCGGCUCUACGGGGACCUUGUCGCGGCUGAGAAGCCCAAGUGGAAUCCCCGAGAUCCCGCGCAGAUGAGGGCUGUCAAGGAGGCGCUGCACGUGGCGACGGUGCCGUCGUGUGAAUUAGUUUGCCGGGACAAUGAGCAGAGGCGCGUGUUUGAGUUCUGUAAGGCUUGCAUCGAGCAGGAGAAGGCUGGGAGCCUGUAUAUCUGCGGGUGCCCCGGCACAGGGAAGACACUAUCUGUUAACAAGGUCAAGGAAAGCUUGGGGCGUUGGGCAGAUGAGAUGGGAAUGGAGACACCCGAUUCGCUAGCAAUCAAUUGUACAAACCUAGCAAACACAUCCGAGAUUUUUAGCAAGAUACUGGGACAAUUUCAGAACCGUAAGAAGGGAAGCAGCAAACUGUCACCACUUCAGCAACUUCAGAGCAUGUUUUCCAACGAGGAAUCAGCUCCAAGAAGAAUGAUGUUGGUCAUCGUGGAUGAGAUGGACUACUUAAUAACUAGAGACAGGGCUGUGCUACAUGACCUUUUCAUGCUUACGACUUGCCCAUAUUCAAGAUGCAUACUAAUAGGAAUUGCGAAUGCCAUAGACCUAGCAGAUCGGUUUCUUCCAAAGCUUGAAUCCUUAAAUUGCAAACCUUUUGCUGUAACUUUCCGUGCUUAUUCCAAGGAUCAAAUUUCUGACAUAAUUAAGCAUAGACUAAAGGUUCUUGAGUAUGAUGUUUUUGAACCACUGGCCCUGGAGUUUUGUGCUAGAAAAGUUGCAGCAGCCACCGGUGACAUGAGAAAAGCUCUAGGUGUUUGCAGGAGUGCUGUGGAGGUUCUUGAAACAAGGCUACAAGAUUCUGAUCAAGAAUUAGGAAUUGUGACAUUUGACCAUAUGGAUAUAGCCUUGUCAAAGGCAUUCAAGUCACCAAUAGUAGAUAGCAUACUGUGUCUUCCCCAACACCAACAGAUGGUACUGUGUGCACUGGCAAAUACUUUCCAGCAUUGCAAGAAAAAGGCUACUACUCUAGGAGAGCUCAACAAAUCAUACAUUGAAAUCUGUAGAUCAACCCAAGUCCCAGCAGUUGGAAUGCUUGAAUUUUCUAACAUGUGCAUGGUUUUGAGCGAUCAGGGAUUCAUGAAGCUAGGGCAAUCCAAGGAAGAUAAGCUUAGGAGAGUAACCCUUCAGAUUGACAUUUCAGAUAUUGGUUUUGCAUUUAAGGGAAAUCGUUUCUUUCAAAAAUGUCUGAAGCAGCCAAGAUGCUAGCUAGACUCAUGGUUACCAACAAUUACAACCCUCGAUGUGCAACACUCAGGUGCCUGACUGAUACAAGUAUACAACCCCAUCAUUCUAGCCCAGUCCUUGACGUGCUGAAGGAUGCCAGUGAUAGUCAAGCAGGCUGCACCGUAUGCCUUUGGUCAUACACUCAGCAACUGCAGUUUACUGCAUUCAGCGAGCUGUCCUCGUUUGAAAUUAUGAGAAAACUCUUUCUUGGAAUUCGGAGAGAAGUGUACAUGUGAUGAGUUAUGAUAGUAUUAUCUGACACAAUUCUUUCGAAAGAUAGUUGACUGUAGUUUUUAUUUCUCCAUUUUUUGUUCUUCCAAAACCGAUUGAUGAUGUAACUAACCAUUAGCAAAUGAAUAACAUUUAUUGGUACAUUGUUGAAAAUUGAAUUCAAUAAUGAGAAGCUGGAAUUAUGUUAUGUA